ACGGCCGCCGACGUGAUGCGCGCGGCGCGCUUGCGCAGCAGACCGGCACCGUGGCGCGUCUCGUGGGGCUCCAGGGGUAGUGUUCUCGGCAUGGGCACUUCGCUGUCGCCGCUGCUGACUCUGCUGUCUCUCCUCUCCGCCUCGUGGCUCGAACUAGGGAGUGGGCAGACGACCAACAUGGUCCAGCUACCAGGUGGGAGAUUCCAGAUGGGAACAAAUUCACCAGAUGGCAGAGAUGGUGAAGGACCUGUCCGGGAGGUCACGGUAAAACCCUUUGCCAUCGACAUAUUUCCUGUCACCAACAAAGACUUCAGGGAGUUUGUCAGGGAGAAAAAGUACCAGACAGAGGCUGAGGUGUUUGGGUGGAGCUUUGUCUUUGAGGACCUUGUCUCUGAUGAGCUUAGAAACAAAGCAACCCAGAAAAUGCAGUCUCUCCUCUGGUGGCUUCCAGUGGAAAGGGCAUUCUGGAGGCAGGCUCUCUCUUCCCACUUCCUUGCUCCAUCUGUGGUAAAAGCUGAACUCAGGCACCCUAAGCCUAGCCUUCCUCAGACUUCCACGAGCUCCCAGAAGCUUGUCUCACUUCAUCCUGGCUAUCAGCCUGCAGGUCCCGGCUCUGGCAUCCGAGAGAAACUGGAGCUCCCAGUGGUACACGUGAGCUGGAAUGAUGCCCGUGCCUACUGUGCUUGGCGGGGGAAACGGCUGCCUGUUGAGGAAGAGUGGGAGUUUGCUGCCCGAGGGGGCUUGAAGGGUCAGGUUUACCCCUGGGGAAACGAGUUCCAGCCAAACCGCACCAACCUGUGGCAGGGAAAGUUUCCCAAGGGCGACAAGGCUGAGGAUGGCUUCCACGGAGUCUCCCCGGUGAACGCUUUCCCCCCACAGAACAACUACGGGCUCUCUGACCUCAUGGGCAACGUGUGGGAGUGGACAGCGUCACCAUACCAGCCUGCCGCCCAGGACAUGCGUGUCCUCCGGGGGGCGUCCUGGAUCGACACGGCGGACGGCUCUGCCAAUCACCGGGCCCGGGUCACCACCAGGAUGGGCAACACUCCAGAUUCAGCCUCAGACAACCUAGGCUUCCGCUGUGCUUCCAGUGCAGGCCGACCACCUGGGGAGCUGUGAGCAGCCACACACAGAUGAGAAGAGUCCCCCGUGGCACCUGUGGCACUCCCUGGCCACAUGCCAAACACAGCCAAACUCGGGACUAUGUCCAUCCCCUCCCCCA